GAAGAGAAGGACGCGUGAGGCAGUGAAAUUAAGCUGAAGGGAGAAGAAAAGAGAGGAGCAAGGGAAAGAAAAAGGCCAUUAGAAUUUAGAAAAGAAGAGUCCACUCCAUCGAGCCAUACCGUGCCUCUGGCGAGUUGUUGAGCUGUGUUGUUAAGAAAGAAGAAGAAGAAGAAGAAAGAAAGAAAGAUGUCACACAGCGAUACAAUACCCCUGCAUCCAUCAUCCCAAUCGGACAUCGACGAGAUCGAGAAUCUCAUCAACGCUUCUCCGGCCACCGUCCUCCCAGCUAGACCCCCCAGUCCCCCACGCGCGCAAAUCCCCGUCUCCUCCAGCCUCCCCCCUCCUCCCCCUAAGCCCGCCCCUCCCAAGCCCCAGCCACACUCCUUCCCCCCUCCCCUUCCUCCUCCCUCCUCUUCCGUCCCCGCUCCCCCUCCCCUCCCCUCUUCCCGCCCUGAAAUCGCCGCCUCCGGAUUCGGCCCUGCCCCCAACACUCUCACCGAGCCCGUAUGGGAUACCGUCAAGCGCGAUCUCUCCAGAAUCAUCAGCAACCUCAAGCUCGUCGUCUUCCCCAACCCCUACCGUGAGGAUCCCGGCAAGGCCCUCCGCGAUUGGGAUCUCUGGGGCCCUUUCUUCUUCAUCGUCUUCCUUGGUCUCACUCUCUCUUGGUCCGCUUCUGUCAAGAAGUCUGAGGUCUUUGCUGUUGCAUUUGGAUUACUUGCUGCUGGCGCGGUAAUUUUGACAUUGAAUGUACUGCUCCUGGGUGGACACAUCAUUUUCUUCCAGAGUCUGAGUCUGCUGGGUUAUUGCUUGUUCCCAUUGGAUGUGGGUGCAUUGAUCUGUAUGUUGAAGGACAAUGUCAUACUGAAAAUUGUUGUGGUCUGUGUGACAUUGGCUUGGAGCUCUUGGGCUGCAUAUCCAUUCAUGAGUUCUGCAGUCAACCCCAGGAGAAAAGCUCUUGCACUCUACCCAGUUUUUCUCAUGUAUGUAUCUGUUGGUUUUCUCAUCAUUGCCAUUGACUAAAUGCAUCAAUCGGAGCCUCUGAUUACUAUAUUCUCAAUCCCAUGAUCAGCUUGAAUCGGCUUCUAAAUAGGAAUUUUUGCUUAUUGAUCUGAUCAACUUUUUUUUAUUCUUUUUCUUUUCCCUCUCUAUUUCUUCUGUUCAAUAUGUUGGCUAGAAUUAUUUGUGACACUGAGACAGACAAUUGUGUAAUAUUACGUGGAAGAUAUAUAUGAUGGGAUCAUACUUGCUAUGUGAAUGUGAAUAAUGAAUAGGAAUAGGAUUGUCAUGGAUGGACUCAAAUAAUUAAUUUUUUUUA